GUUUUUCCGCGUUUGCCUACGGAACCUUAGAAUGAAGUCCUCGAGUCCACAGGGAAGAUUACCGGAAGGGACCUAUUUGGACGACUUAGAAAAAGGAAAGGAAAAGGAAUAACGAGGAAACAUGGCAGGUGUGAUUGCUUCUUGCGGUACUUUAGGGAAGAAGUUGACACAUUGGAUAACGGCUACUGUCUGCCUCCCAAAUCCCGGAACUCGCGCGGUGCUGUGGAGAAGAGGUUGUUCACAAUAUAAACAGGGAACCAGCAAUGAGGACCUGCCUGUUCCAAUGGAAAAUCCUUAUAAGGAGCCUCUUAAGAAAUGUAUCUUGUGUGAGAAACGUGUAGAUUAUAAAAAUGUACAGCUUCUAUCCCAAUUUAUUUCUCCAUUUACUGGAUGCAUUUAUGGAAGACAUAUAACAGGUCUUUGUGGGAAGAAACAGAAAGAAAUUACAAAAGCUAUUAAGAGAGCUCAAAUAAUGGGAUUUGCCGAAAAACAGACACUGGAUGCAACACCUAUUUUUACUCCUUCACCUUCCUACCAUAGGAGCUGCCCGGCAUGAAAAAGUCCACGGUUGUCUUUGCAAUCGAUCACGGGUAGUCAGGCGAAACGGAAAGUUAACCUGCUGCCUCCCCAGCGGUAGCGGAGCACGAGAUGAACUUUCUAUCCGUUCGCGCCCAAGUUUGGCCAGGAAAAAGGGAGACUGAUGAAUGAGACUGGGGCGUGUGGGGCAUUCGGGCCGGGGAAGGGGAGCAGGG